AUGAUUGGCUUUCUUUUCGGCCUGGGCGAUUACCUGGAGAUGCGCAGCAUGGCUUCGCUUGGGGGAGGUUCUUACCAGAUUCUGUUGCAGUCCAGGCUACUCAUUACCGCUCUGAUGCUUUGGCUGGUGAGUGGCAAGAGACAGACGCCUUUUCAGUGGAAUUUGCUGGCGCUAGUGGUGUGCUCCAUGUCUGUGUACAUGUGUCUUGACAUGGCGAGGGAUGUGGAUGAUGGCAACGCAAACAAGCUUCUGGGGACCAUCAACGUGGUGCUAAAGGUCACGGUGUCCUGCUUGGCAGCGGUGCUGACGGACAGAUACACAAAGGAGUUCGAUGAUCCUGUAUACAUACAGGCGGUGCAGUUGCGCAUCUCCCGUACGCUCCUCCUGGCCGCGCUUGUAUGUGUAGAUGGCAAGACUCUGGAGAGCGGCUUUUUUCAUGGGUGGGACUCUUGCACCAUUGCCGUGGCGGUGACACACAUGCUUAAGGCAUGGAGCACACUGUAUCUCCUUGUAUACCUGGACUCUGUCUUGAAGAACAUGGGGGAGAGCUUGGCUGUCCUAGGAACGUACAUGAUGGAAGUGCUUCUGCCGGUAUUCCAAACCUCCUUCGACAUCCGCACGCUCUUGGCGGUGAUGGUCGUCAUGCUAUCUGUAUACACAUACGUGAGUUCAAAACCUGUGGUUGCAAAGGCCGUGAAAUUCGAAGCCCUGACCCCUGUUUGA